AUGGUUAGACACUGUAUAGCCUUUGGCUGUACGAGCCGAAGUUCAAAAGAAGAUUGUUGUGGCCUCUCAUGGCAUUCGUUGCCGCUAUCAAACAAAGGUCAUCUCCAGAAAUGGCUGGUAAAAAUCGGAAGGGAGAACACUCCUUUAAACAAAAAUUCCUAUCUAUGUAGCAAGAAUUUUGAGCCUGAGUGCUUUGUAAAGUCCCUAGGAGGACAGCGAAUGCGACUCAAACCGGACGCUAUACCUACGAAGUUUAUUUUCUCCGCUGAAAAGCCACGGAGGAAAAUACCUCAUGAUCGACAAGCAGCAACAACAACAACAAAGAGGAUAAGUGAGACUGAGAGAUGUCUCAAGGUGAGUAAGGAUACGACUGUGGACAUCAAUGUCAUUGAUGAGCAACUGAAGAGCAUCGAAAACACAGAUCCAAUCAUGUUCAAAGAUCCUCUCGAAUCCACAGAAUCAGGAAGACCACUGCUUGUAACAGCUGUGGUGGUACUAGUGGUUUUGCUCGCUUCGUUCACUUCUUUACAUGUGCUGCCACUUUUCAAGAAAAUCGUCAUCCCAUUAAGAUUCUUGACCGACUUUUAUUCAGUGAGACACGCGAACGAAAGCUUUGAGAAUGAUACCCGCGACGGAUUACUUGUGACAUUCGAAGAUGGUUUGUGGACUCGGCCGUAUUUCGAUUGUUUCGGUGGCAAAGCGUGGAUGGUAUUCUAUCUUGCUCCAGUUCUAAACGAAAGCAGCGAAUUUUUAGAUACAAUAAGCGUGGAUAUUUCGCUUGAAGAUGUCGAUAUCGACCAGUGCGAUGCCCAGGACUCUGCUGAACAACAAAGUGUAGAAGAAACUGGUGACAAACCCAAACCAAACCGCUUAAGCACAUUCAUGGGAACUCACAGGUGUAAAAAGAGCACAAAGUGUGUACCAGUCCCUUUCCAAGGAUUCAAACGCAGCAGCUAUCGCUGUACCUGCAAACGAGGCUACUUCUUUCCACACCCCACAGCAACUCAAAAAUACUUUAUUGGGCAGCUCCUGGAAGAAGAAUACGACAAAAUGCUGAGAGGCGAAUCUAACCUGUACGAGGACCACUUUGAGUGUCUCGCGUGUAGUGAAGGCUGUGAAGAAUGUGUAGAUGGCAGCGCUUGCGUGUAUGAUGUAUAUACAAAGCUGAGAUAUUCCCUCCUUGUAAUGAACUGUCUAGUUGUCGUCAUUUCUCUGGUCUUCGCAGCAAUGGUGUACAAACAUUGGCAGAAUAAGAUAUUUAAAGCGUCAAGUCCUCGUUUUCUCGAAAUCAUUAUCUGCGGAGCAGUAAUGAUGUAUGUUGAGCUCAUCGUAUCGUUCCCUACACCUUCCAAAGUGCGCUGUACCUUGUCACCUUGGUUACAUCACCUAGGUUUCGCCUUUGUGUAUGGUUCUCUGGCUCUGAAGACAUGGAGAGUGGUGUUAAUUUUCCGCGUGCGCUCCGCUCGUAAGGUGGCCAUAACAGACAGUGUGUUGCUACGGAGACUGUCAGUUAUUGUAUUGCUGUAUACAAGUUAUUUAACCGUUUGGAUGGUGAUACAGCCUCCUUCCGUUGACUCAAAAGUAUUACCGCUGAUAAACUCAAAUACGACAGAUGCUCGACAAGCUGGUUCUGACUUCGUGGUCCUUGCUUGGGGAACGUGGCUCAGUUUCAAAGUGAGAAAAGUGCCACAAGUCUACAAUGAAAGUAAAUUUAUCGGCUAUGCCAUAUACAACGCUACGUUUAUAAUCUGCUUCAUCAACGUGCUAAGUGCUGUGCUAAGUAACGGCUCGUCUCCCAACGUGAUGUACGCCAUGGAGUUUGCCAACAUCCACAUUAGCGCUUCGGUCACGCUGAUGCUGUUGUUUUCCCACAAGAUUGUUUUAGCUUUGGCCUUGCGAAGUAACAGCCGCCGCACCUCGCCUCAGAAGAAUAUGUUAUCAGUUAAUUCCAGCGAAGAAACUUUCGCUAAGGAACUUGACGCAACCACACUCAGUGGGGAGACCGACGAACUCAGGGUUUUCGUCGCUCUUUCUUUCUUUGUACAUUUGUUCGAUUACUUCUUUAAUAAUUUUUAGAUCUUG